AUGGCGUCCGCAGGUACCGACAGCAAGAUUCAAGAAUUGCUCGGCAAACCACGAUCAGAACUCACCGAAUAUGAAGUCUCCGUCCUCGAGCAACACGAAUUCUCCGCAGGCCCGCUUUCACUCAUCCAGACCGCUGUGCGACAACACGUCCAGGUGCUGAUCUCAUGCCGCAACAACCGCAAGCUGCUCGCGCGUGUCAAGGCGUUCGAUCGCCACUGCAACAUGAUCCUCGAGAACGUCAAAGAGAUGUGGACGGAGAUCCCACGCCUGCACGACGGCAAGAAGGGUCGCCCGAUCAACAAGGACCGGUUCAUCAGCAAGAUGUUCCUAAGAGGCGACAGUGUGAUUCUCGUCCUACUAAGCACCUGA